AUGGCGAUGGCCGCCGACUCGCCCUCAUCGUCGUCGUCGUCGGGCAUGGCGAGAAGGCUGGCUCACCACCACCAGGCCGUGCUCGGCUUCCUGCUCGGUCUCUUCGUCAGCCUCGUGCUCUACACCACUAUGUCUGGCCAGUUCGGGUCGACCAAGAGCGUUGUCGUUCCGCAGUCAAUGUCCGGCGAGCGUGCAGAACAAAAUGUCAGGACUUCUCCUCCUCCAGUGUCGUCGGCGCCUAACAAUUCUAUUCAAGGUAACGUGCAAGUGAAUACAACAUACCAGUUAGACCAAACAGUAAAUGAUGCUAGUGACAAGAUGAAGGGAGAGCUCAUUCGGCAAGAACUCAAUCAAGACGGUGAUGGGAAUGACGAUGGAAGCAAUGUCAAACAUGGUGCUCCACGCAAGCCCAUCUGCGACCUAACAGACCCUAGGUACGACAUCUGCGAGAUCUCCGGCGACGGCCGUGCACUCGGCGCAAACCGUACCAUCCUCUAUGUUCCGCCCGCCGAGGAGCGCGGCAGCGACGGCCCGGAGUGGGCCAUCAAGGACCAGUCCCGCAAGUACCUGAGUGACAUCAAGGAGGUGAAUGUCAAGACCCUGAGCGCCGCCCAGUCCUUGGUGGCGCCGGAGUGCACCUCUCGGCACACUGUCCCGGCCGUCGUGUUCGCCAUGAAUGGGAUCAUAGGCAACCCGUGGCACGACUUCAGCGAUCUCCUACUGCCCCUCUUCAUCACCACCCGCGCCUACGACGGUGAGGUCCAGUUCCUCGUCACCGAGCUCCAGCCGUGGUUCGUGGACAAGUACCGCCUCAUCCUCACCAACCUGUCACGCUACGACAUCGUCGACUUCAACAAGGACAUUGGUGUCCGGUGCUACCCGCACAUCAUAGUCGGCCUCCGCAGCCACGGCGACCUCAGCAUCGACCCGGCCCGCACGCCGCAGAACUACACAAUGCUGGACUUCCGCCUGUACAUGCGGGACAUCUUCUCGCUGCCGUGGGACGGCCAAGGAAUCCCGUACAAGGAGAAGGCCAACAAGAAAAACGCAACCGGCGGCAUCGAUGAUGGCACGGAGAAACAAAAGCCGCGGCUCAUGCUCAUCAACCGCGGCUGGAACAGGAAGUUCGUCAACCUUCCAGAGAUCUCCGCGGCGGUGCAGGCCGCCGGGUUCGAGUUGCUGGUCGUGGAGCCGCUCCGUGACACGAGGCUGGAGGAAUUCUCUCGGGAGGUGGACUCGUGCGACGUGCUGAUGGGCGCGCACGGGGCCGCGCUCACAAGCUUCUUCUUCCUCCGCACCAACGCAGUCAUGCUGCAGGUGGUGCCGUGGGGCUUGAAGCGCGAGGCCAUGAUUUACUUCGGCGUGCAUGUCAAGGAGAUGAUGUUGCAGGACAUCGAGUACAGCAUCACCGUCGAGGAGAGCACGCUCUAUGAAAAGUAUGGCAAGGACCACCCGGCGAUACGUGACCCAGACUCGAUACAUAAGCAGUGGUGGCAGGGUGCAAGGAAGUACUUCUGGGAGGAGCAGGACAUCAGACUAAACGUCAGCAGAUUUGCUCCCACGCUCCACCAGUUGCUUCAGACGCUCAGGGAAUAG